AUGAAACCAAAUAAAUCUAUUGUAACAGCUUUAGCAAUGCAAUCUAGAGACAUUGAUAGGGAUUAUAAAAUACGUCUGAUUGCAUCACUUGAUUAUAUAAGAUAUCUUCUACACCAGGGGUUAUCAUUUCGUGAUCAUGAUGAAAGUCGGGAUUCUUCAAAUAGAGGAAGUUUUCGUGAACUUUUACAAUUUUUGGCUGAUCACAAUGAAGAUAUAUCUAAAGUUAUUUUGAGCAAUGCUCCUACAAAUCAACAAAUGGUAUCCCCUAUGGUGCAAAAAGAUCUUGUCAAUGCCGCUGCCAAAGAAACGACAAAAGCUAUAAUUGAAGAACUUAAUAAUGAUGUCUUUGGUAUUUUGGUUGACGAGUCUCGUGAUAUAUCUAAGAAAGAACAAAUGGCAAUAGUUUUACGUUUUAUUGAUACAGAAGGAAAGAUUAAAGAACAAUUUAUUGGUAUUACUCAUGUAAAGGAUACUUGUUCUUCCACUCUUAAAGAGGGUAUUGAUCUUGUUGUUUCUAAGCACGGGUCGAGUAUCUCAAGAAUUAGGGGUCAAGAGUAUGAUGGAUCAAGUAAUAUGCAAGGAUCUAGCAAGCGUCAAGAUGUUUUAAAAGAAAAACAGGCUGAAAAACUUUUAGAAAGGCUGAAAAAAGGUGCGACUGACAGUGGUAAGGGUUUAAACCAAGAACGUACUCUUCAGAGGGCUAGUGACAUAAGAUAG